CAAUUAAAUAUAAAUAUGCCGAUUGUUAGUAUCAGAAAUCAGAAUUAACAGUGCAUUUGUUUUAAGCAGUUUAAGGAAUUGCAAAGUACAAUAAUCAAAAUGAACCAAUUGGUAAUUUUAACUGUAGUUGCUUUCAUCGCUUGUGCUUAUGGCCAAGCUGCCCAAUAUCCAGCAGGUUUAAAUCCAGCUUUAUGCCCAGGCUAUCCAAACUGUGACAAUGCAUUGUUAGCUUUAUAUUCAACUGGAGCUAUUCCCGCUCCACCACUCCAAGCUCCAGCUGCAAGAUAUCCAGCCGGUGUACCAGCAGCAGCUUGUCCAAAUUAUCCAUACUGUAAUGUAGGAGCUCCAGAAAGUGCUUUACCACUCCCAGGUUUUACUCAACGAUUAUACCCAGCAGGAGUACCAGCAGCAGCUUGCCCCAACUAUCCAUUAUGUUAAAUUUGUUAAGACUGCUAUUUGUUUAGACACCGAUUAAUUGUUUUGCACUAGUUUCCAAUGUUAUUCAGUUUUUAUUAAUUUGUUA